CCAUAGAGUUGAAAUCCAUCAUGGGCGCCGGGAUCUCACGAGUCACUCGCCUCGUGAGAAAACCCUUGGAAACUCACAGUAGAGUGGAGAAGAUAUUAGAAAAGAAACCAAAGCCUGCGCCAAAGCACCCUAGUUCAGAAGCUGCAAUAGCUAAUGCACGAAAACGUGAGUAUUUUGAGAGAAAGUGUGGGGUGAUUUGCAAAACAUUCCUAAAUCUCGACCCUUAACGGCAUCAAAGUUUGAUGUUGAUGUGUGAAUGUACAAUUGUACAGUUCUGACUUACUAGGGAUGUACUCGUGUCAUCGACAUAUUAAAUGAUUUAAAACGCAGUGUAAUGUAGAUUAAGUUUUGAAAGUUCAGUUGACACACCGUGUUACGUCAAUUCGUGUUGUAUCUAGUCUCAAUAUUUGCAAGCUCAACAGAGUUUUAAUAAAUAUUGUCAAAUCAACUUCCUCACGAAGAUUUUUCGAAAACAUUCAGGUGGGAAAAUAAUUCUGAAACAGAGAUUUAGCUCUUUUCAUAUUUAAAUCAAAUAAUGCAAUCAACUCCUUCUAAGGUGAAUCAUUAGAGGAACAGUAUCUUGCGAUUGCGUCCAUCCUACGAAAGAGUCUGGAUACCUGAAAGCUGAAGAUCCAAUCUGUAGAGAAUGGCAGAAAUCAACUAGAUCUUACUCAUGCAAAGCCAUUUUGACUCUAAGUGUAGCAAGCUUUUAAGACUAAACUCAUUCAGGCAUUUGUUUUUCUCUGCAGAUUGAAUGGUAGUUUUUGACUCUAAAACAAACCCCUCAUCCCUAUUUCUCUUUUUAUCACUCACUUCCUCCCAAUGCCCUUAAACUGAAAAUCACAGGAUUAAACCCAUGUAAUCCAAUGUCCUUCAAGAUGGACAUAUCAAAAAAUUACAACAUCAACACAAUCUUCUUUUUUUCUUUUGGGGAGGAAAAGGGGGAGAGAUCUUGUAAAAAGGAAGGGUAAAAUUUCCGCACAGCCCCAUACUUCAUUAUGCAUUCAGUUCUUGAAUAGAGAAAACAAUGGCUAAAACAAUACAUUGCCAUUGGGAAAACAGAUUUGUUUUACAAUAGUAUGGGGCUAUGCGGAAAUUUUACCAAAGGAAGCAGCAUAGAGUAUGGUUUGUUGAUUUCUGUACAAUCCUGUAACUGGAGUAAAAGUUAAUGUGAUCUGCUCCCAAAAAGUCUGGCUGUAUUAAUAAAUCCUGUUUCUGUUUCACAGAAACGAUCCACAUUUUAUGCUCCUGUUCAGCUGGGUAGUGUUAAAAAUUAAGUGUAUUAAUCCAGGGGUUUCAUAGAAACUGGUUACCAGCAGUCUUCUGCCUCCUGUGAGACCUUACCUGUUUAGCUUGUGAGCAGGCUCUCUUUUUUGGGUCUUACCUAACAGCUCCUUUUACGAUAAGCCAUCUAUUACACUUUCUACAAUAGCUUGUGGAAAAAGUUCUUUAAACUUCCUGAUAAAUCAGUUUUGGUCUCUAGAUAAUGAGGAGCUGUUUAAAGAAAGAGACAGAAAAGAUGACAUCCUUCUAGGCAGACUGAGAGAUUUCAAAAUAAUGGAUGCUCAGGAAGGGAAGGUAUGAAAUUGGAGAGAAUGUGUUAACCCUUUAACUCCCAUGAGUGACCAAGACAGAAUUUCUCCUUACAAUAUCUAUACAAUAUCAACCAAAGAAGUGAUGAGAAUGAAGAAAAUAUCAAUUUGGGGACAGUUAGUUGAUCCAAUACUAAAUUCUCUGAACUAACAUUAUAAGAAUUGUAGGGUUGACAUUAAGGAGAGUUACAAAUUUGAUCAAGGAGUUAAAGGGUUAAUUCAAGAUUGUUCUGUACCAACACCCAUAGACUUUCAUAGGUGGUGAAGAGUAUUAAGUACCAUCAGUAUCAAUUUUGAUAACUCAUUCCUGUAAGAGCUGUGUGUUCCUGCCAUAAACAUUAUUUAUAACCUGAUCUCUUGGGAGAAAGAAAGAGGACCAUGGUGAUAACUCUGUGGUACUUUCAUUUUUAUUUUUUUAUUAGUUUUUUUUCUUAAUCAUUUGUGAUGUGACCACAAUCUCCUUUGCCCUCAGCAGGGUACAGAGGAAGAAAUUUUUAUAACAUUUCACUAGUUUUUAGGGAGAUGAUGUAGGAUGAUUGAAAUUUUUGUAGAAGUGGAGUAUUAAGAUUGACUUGAGAGUUUGCUGGAAAUUUAAGAGUAGACUGGUGGAUACAGCUGGCAGUCUAAACAGUGAACAUACAGUUUGGCAAGUCUAAGUUCACAACAUAGACGAUAGCCAGUUUUGAAUUACAAUCUCUUGAUUCACCAUGGAUGUAUUAAUUGGAUUAAUAGAUGGAACUGUAAAGACAAACAUUUUUUUCGCUGCUGUGUGAGAUAGAAAGUUUAGGGCAAAUAUCAUAAGCAAAAUAAAGAGUGACACCUAUCAAUUUGCCCUUUGUCUGGUAUUCCUCAUGUGAAUGCCAACUUCCCACCUGUAAGUCCCUGAUGGACCAUCUAACCAAUCACUCUUGGCGCUUGUUUCAGCCAAUCAGUGGAGAGCAGGAGACAAACAGAAAAUUACCUAUAUCCCGCGAGUCGUCGAUGUCCCGUCAGGUGGGCGUGGUGCCGAAAGGGAAAAUAACCUCAGUCCAAUUAUCAGAACUUUUUGCGAAGAGAUUGGAGGAUCCUGACGAGUGGACGAAGUACAAACUUGCGGAGCAUUAUAAGUUAGACAAGGAAGCUUUAUCGUCAGUUUUAAAGUACUAUAGUGACUAUACAGUGGUGGCCAAAGCAGAACUACCGAGGCCAUUACAUCCGUCAGUUCUUGGUUGACACAAAUGUCUCUGGUGCGAUCAUUGAAGAUGAUUGAUAUUGUACGUCAGGGAAAUAUCUUACGGGGUUAAUUUAGUUGUUUUCGGCAGUCACGCUUUUCGACAGUCACGCUUUUCCCAGUUCCUUAAAAAAAGAGAGGUUCGUUUACGGACAGUAUCCAUCAAUUUAAAUUCAAUUUACUUUCUGGUGAAAUCUGUUGGACCACUAUUUUUUCGCGUCAAUUCUGAGAAAACAGAAAACAGAAAAGCGACCGUCUUGCGCGGGAUUUCGGUCAAGAUUUUACGUGUAAUAAUGUCGUAAGCUCAUCUUCAACUAUCUGCCACAAUUUGACAUUGGUACGGCCACAAGAAUUUGAAAACGAUUUCAGAGUCCUGCGGUUGAUGCUGGUGGGAUAAUGUUUAAAUUCAUUUAGAUUUCCUGUUUUUCGCGCACGAAUAUAAUGAUAGUUGCAAACGAACUGUGAAAAGAAAAAUAAAGUACAGCAU